GGAAACUCUACUUCAGUGACGCAGUGGCGUAAUCUUUUGCGGUCUAUCGGUUGCUUUGCGAUUCUUUCACGUAAACGGUAACGUAAAAUGGCGAAUUGGAAUUGUUAUUUACUUUCGCGAAACAUAACGAAAUAACUUUAGUACGAUCCAAGGCGUAUUUGUUAUUGCUGAAAUCGGAAUUAUAUAUUUACUUCACCCUACACAAACGACCGUUUUAUUGUCCAGACACUAAUUUGUCAAUCUACAGAUAUGAUAUUGAUGAACUGGUGUAAUCCGGUAUAGUAGCAAUAUUGAUCAUUUUGAUACAUUGAUCUACAUUGAUUGACAAAAAGGAUCAUAUUUGCAAGCAGUUGAGUCUUAAAUAAUAUGGCACAAUAUUAUAAUUUUGUGACCAAUGCCAGUGGUACAUUAUCACUUGAAGAUUUACAAAGAAUCUGUUCUGUUGAGGGACAAAAUGUUCAGUUAGUUUUUGAAGAUGUAAAUAAUGAUGACAAUGGUUCUCAACAAUUUUUGACUUACACCAGUGCACAGCAAAACAAUGAGCAAGCGAUAUUUUCACAGCAAAUUAAUUUAGGAAAUCAAAUCCCUACAACACAAUUGGAUCAAGGACAAAAUUUUUUUAUAAUUAAAACAAAUACAAACGAAUUAAGUUCAUCUCAAGGUGUAUUAAAGACUACAGCAGUUAAUGCUAAUGUUCUUGGUGGAAAUAUUGGAAACACGGUUGAUAAUAAAGGUUCUAAGACAUUAAUAGGUUGUAAUAAUGAUGGGCAACAAAUACAAUGGAUAAAAAUGCAGAAAAAUAAUAUUAGUGAGAAUGCAGUUUCAAAACAGAGUGUAUCAUCAUUGAAUACUGGGCUUAUAAAAAGGAAACCACCUAGGUCAUAUCAAAACAGAAAUCGACAUUCAAUAAAUAGUGUACAAACGGAAUCAUUGCCUGCUUCUGAUAGGGUGAACGUAACGAGCGACAUUGGAACCCAAAUACAAACUGCUAAUGUGUCUAAUACCAGGGCGUCUAAACCGUCACAGUGUAAUAAAUCAAUUAGUCCUAUUGCACAAAAUGUGACCCUAAUUCCUACACAAGUACAUAAUUCUUUGAGUACAGUUCUUGCUAGACCUCAGGCUCCUAAUAUACUACCAAAAACAUUGAAACCUCAUCAACCUAAAAUGGAACAAACAAAAUUAAAACAAAUGCAAAAUGAUCAAAGACUGCAAGGAGGUAAUGUGCAGCGAUUAAUAAAUACUUCAUCACCGACGGCGCAGGGUUCGUUAAACAACCUUGCACAACGACAACAGACAAUGAUACUACAGCAACGACAACAUACGUCGUCUGGAUCACAGAUUCAAAAACAACAACCCUCUGUAACACAAAAGUCUCAAUAUGAACAACAAUCAUCACUUUCAUCUCCAUCUAAAAAUGUGAAUAGUAUGGAUACUGAACCUCUAGAGUCAUCAUCACUUGCAGAACAACCAGUAACAAAUCAACAAAAUUUUCAAUCACAAACUGAUUCAGAAAAUAGCUCAUCUGAAAGUAUUGCCUAUCUCCAACAAGUUAUUGAUAAUCCAUCAAAUACCAUAGUUCAACAUCAAAUUCAAGGAAAUACCGCAAAAAUGUUAGUUACGUUUGCUAAUGGUGAACAGAGAUUAAUUACAUUUGACAUACCAAAUGAAGAUUGUACUGUUCAAGAUUUAUUAGAGCAGGCAAAUAUCGUAUUUUGUGGAUCGACAAGUGUUUCUUUAGUGUCUGAUCCUACCUUGGGUAUAAACUAUAUUGUGGAUGCUAGAUCUGGUUCAGUUGUGGCAUCGCAUGAUACGACUGAAAAUGAUAAUUCUCAAGAAAACACAAAUUCUAGUUUAGAUAAUUCUCAUAGUUCACCAGAUGAGAAUAGCAAUCCCGUGCAUCAAAACGAGGAGCCUAUAUAUAUUGAGGGAAUGCUUGCCGUUUGUUCUCACUGUGGCAUCAGUUCAAUCGACUUCAAUCGGUGUUUACGAUGUAAAAGAAAAUUACCGAAGGAUGUGAAGUCCAUACCCAUGACAAUGGGCAUGCAAGAAAAGAAGGAGACCAUGCUGUCGGUUGAUACCUUUUAUAAGAAAAAUAACGAGCGAAAUUCAUCAGCAAAAUUAGAGAAAUUGGAACGAGAUGGAUCUGUUUAUAAACGCGGUCGAGGAAGAGGAAGAGGUGUUGCAAAACCGAAGCCUGUUCAUAAAGAGCCAGAAUGUUUAACAAUAUCUUCGGAUGAAGAAGAAGAAGGCAAAAGUAAAAAAUCGGAGGGCUCUAAUAACAGUACAUUUUCACAUAUUCCAAAUAAUAGUUUUUCUGACGAAAUGGAGACCAUUCUCGAGAAGGAACCAGUAAUUACGAACAAUUCUAUUUCUAGCCCAAGUGCUGAUUAUGCCAUGGAAAAUGAAGAUAUUAUUAAAGAUAAUUCUGUUGUAUGCCCUCAUACUUCUUUGUUAUGUCGAACAGUGAGGAUAGGAUCUUAUAAAUAUAUUCCACAGGAAAGAAUAGUCAUCUCACAAAAUGGAGUGAGAUUUGCUGUACCUUUAUUGGAAGAUGAGAACAAUUUUGUUACAUUAGAAGUUAAGUUUCAAGAUAUUGUAAAAGUACUAAUUCAUUUCGGGAAAUCAAUGCCAGUCUUAUUCUUUUAUACAUGUAUCAAUACUGGUGCUAUGAUUCGCGAAUUAUUAGGAAUGCAGGAUCCAAAAGGACCGUACUAUGAUCCUAUUGGAAAAGACCAUACCCAUAAACGGAUAACAUUAUUGCCAGAAAUGUUAAGUGAAGAAUCAAAAGUAGUGCUUAAAAGUUUGUUUUCGCGGAAAGGUUUGUUAGAAGAGCUGAGUUCGAAAGAAGCAAAUGAUAUUCUGAUACGGGCGUCACCGAAAGAUAGUCCACAAGUUCAAAGUUUGUCUAGGAAAGACAGCCAAGCAUCACUGAAUAGUUCUAACAGUAAUGGUGGAAUACAGACAAUAACUGUAUAUCCCCCGCCUCCUGCAAAAGGUGGCAUAGCUAUUAAUACUGAAGAUUAUUUGUGUCUUGGAGAAGAUCAAUUUUUGAAUGACGUAAUUAUUGACUUCUAUUUAAAAUAUUUAACACUAGAAGUUUUAUCGGAAUCUGACCAACAUAGGACUCAUGUGUUUAGUUCUUAUUUUUAUAAACGAUUAACGAGUCCACAUACACAAGCAGUUGAAAGUAGCGUGCCACUCUCACCUGCUGCGAAAAGACAUGCAAGGGUACAAAAAUGGACGAAAAAUGUUAAUAUAUUUCAGAAGGAUUUCAUUAUAAUUCCUAUUAAUGAACAUGCCCAUUGGUUUUUGGCUAUUAUUUGUUUUCCUGGAUUGGUGGGCGAAGUUUUUCCAAAUCGAGUACAUAGCGAAGAAAAUGAUACUCGCAAGACUACGCAAAAAAGUAAAAAAUUAAAAGAAAUAAAACUUCAAGCUGUUACGAUUGGAAAUACGACUCUUUCACCAGUGACGACUACUAUAACUAUAGAUCAACCUGAUGAUGGUUCGGAAAGAGAUGAAGCUGAAGGAGAUGACGAAGAAAUGGAAAUGGAUAGCGAAGAUGACGAUGAAUUAGAAACGACUGAGGAUAAAAAUCGCUUGCCAAAAGUAGAACAAAAUAUACCACAGGAGAAAAAUACUGUAAAAGUACCGUGCAUAUUAAUAUUCGAUUCCCUUGCAAGUGCAAGUAGAGCACGAGUAGUAGCAACACUAAGGGAUUAUUUGAGUUGCGAGUAUGUUGCAAAAAUGGGAAGUGAAAAAGUAUUUUCGAAAGAUACUAUUAAAGGUGCAUCGUUGAAAGUUCCUCAGCAAUCAAAUUUUACUGAUUGCGGAUUAUAUGUAUUACAAUAUGUGGAGAGCUUCUUUAAAAAUCCUAUUAAAGACUAUACAUUACCAAUAAAAACAUUGAAAAACUGGUUCGAAGAAAUAACUGUAACAAGGAAGAGGGAAGAAUUGUCCGAACUAUUAAUUAAGUUAGUGAAUUCAACCAAACGAGAUAAGAAUAUUACUCUACCUGUCGUACAUUUUCCUACGCAAGAUGGUAAAUUAAAAACUAAGACCGAAAAUCAUGGUGACGGGAAAUCAAUGAAGCCAGAUGUAGAGGAUAAGAAGAAAUCUACGGGAGAUGGAGAGAAUCGUAUUAGUAACAAUAUGCCAAAUCAAAUCGAGAAUACUGAGCCAACUAAUGAGAUGGUUAAUAAGACUACUUAUCAGAUCAUUCCUUAUUCUCUAUGUACAAGUUCCAGUUCGACUGAAAACAAUCCAACGGAAAUGGUGACUGAAUCUAAAAUUUCUCAUCCAAGAUCGUCAAGCGAAACGAUGUCCUAUUUAAAGUCGAAACGGAUUCCCAGGUUAAUGUCAAGAACAGAGAAUCAAGAUGAUCCACAAUUGGCCAAAAAGCACAAAGGAGAUUCUUUUGAUUCUUGUAAAUAAAUUUUACUUUCUUUUUUAUAAUGAUAUAAUUGAAGUUAGCCCACAUUCAUAACAAACAUGGAAUCAUUUACCUAUAUAAUAAAUGUAGUUAUUACUUCAUAAAACGAAUAAAAACAUCCAAUCAUAACUGUGUA